UAAGCAAACAAAAAGAAAAUAUUAGUCGUUUUAAAUUUAUUCAUUUUUACUAUUUAAUUUUAAUAUGAACUCCGUAAAAUGUUUAAGGUUAAUGGGCUACAAAAAUCAGUGGCGAUGUUUUACUCAGAGUGUGAUUCUGCGACAAGAGCUUACUCAAGCUACAGCUCCGUUAACUAUACCAGUACCAGAUGGUGUUGAGAAGCCAGUGUCGCCUAGAAUCGAAAAGAUCGUCAAUGAAAUCACAACGCUGAAUCUUCUGGAGGUGUCCGAACUAAGUCAAGUCUUGAAGAAACGACUCAAUUUACCUGAUGCUCCUGUUAUGCCCAUCGGUGGAUUUGCAAUGACUGCUGCAGCUCCCGCAGCUCAAGAAGAAGAAGACGCUGCACCUAAAUCCGUGAAAACCAGUUUCACUGUAAAGAUGACAAAAUUUGAUGAUAAACAAAAAGUAGCUCUGAUCAAAGAAGUUAAAGGACUACUAGAAGGAUUCAAUCUUGUGCAAGCUAAAAAAUUUGUUGAAAGUGUGCCUACAGUAGUAAAAGCAGAUAUUUCCAAGGAUGAGGCGGAAAAACUAAAAGAAGCAUUAACCAAAGUCGGAGCUGUCAUAGAGAUUGAGUAGUUUAUUUAGAUGUAGGUAAUUUAGUUUAAUUAGGUAAUAAAAUAAUUUGCUCUUG